UCACUCAUCCUCGUCAUCUCCUCUUUCUCACGUCGUCGGGCGUCGGCUCGUCAUCUCCUCUCUCUCUCCGUCGCAAGACUCGCGGCUCUCCUCCCCACCAUUGCAGUCGCAGAUCGGUGUUUCAUUUCAAUGAUUAUCAGAUGAGUCUUGUGGCUGAUUCUCCUCUAAAUUCAUCCAGCAGCGACGACUUUGCUGCAUUUCUUGAUGCAGAGCUGGGAGGUAAGUCAGCCGAGUCAUCACCAGAUGAAGAAGCUGAAGUUGAUUUCUUUAAAGAUGAGGAAGCAGGGGAUGAAGAAGCUGAGGAUGAGGAAGCCAGGGAUGAAGAAGCUGAGGAUGAGGAGGCCGGGGAUGAUAAUGACCUCAACAACAAGAGGAUAAAAAGGUGCAAGGUGGAAGUGUUGGAAAGCAUACACGAACAGGGGUCAACUUCUUAUGCAACUCUAGAACAGCAAACAGAAGCAACUGCAAACGUGGACAUAUGUACACAUCCAGGAUCCUUUGGAGAAAUGUGUAUCCUUUGUGGGCAAAGGUUGGAUGAGGAAUCUGGUGUAACAUUUGGGUACAUACAUAAGGGUCUAAGGCUAGGAAAUGAUGAGAUUGUUCGUCUGCGCAACACAGACAUGAAGUAUUUGUUACGUCAUAGAAAGCUUUACUUAGUUCUUGAUCUUGAUCACACACUACUUAAUUCAACACUUCUUGCACACUUGACCCCAGAGGAGGAUUAUUUAAAAAGUCAAGCUGACUCUCUGCAAGAUGUUUCAAAAGGCAGCCUCUUCAUGUUAACCUUUAUGCAUAUGAUGACCAAAUUGAGGCCCUUUGUUCGCACAUUUUUGAAAGAAGCAAGUCAAAUGUUUGAGAUGUAUAUAUACACAAUGGGUGACAGGCCAUAUGCAUUAGAAAUGGCUAAGCUACUUGAUCCUACCAGGGAGUACUUCAGUGCUAGGGUGAUUUCUCGAGAUGAUGGCACUCAAAGACAUCAAAAGGGUCUUGAUGUGGUUCUAGGGCAAGAGAGUGCUGUACUGAUCCUUGAUGACACAGAAAAUGCGUGGGCGAAGCAUAAGGACAAUUUGAUACUGAUGGAAAGAUAUCAUUUCUUUGCUUCAAGUUGUCACCAAUUCGGCUACAACUGCAAAUCUCUUUCUGAAUUGAAGAGUGAUGAGAGUGACCCUGAUGGGGCACUUGCAUCUGUUCUCAAAGUUCUCAAGAGAGUCCACAACAUGUUCUUUGAUGAACUCAGGGGUGAUGUCACUGGCAAAGAUGUGAGACAGGUUUUGAAAACGGUCAGAAAGCAAGUAUUGAAGGAUUGUAAAAUUGUGUUCAGUCGUGUUUUCCCCACCAAAUUCCCAGCCGAAAAUCACCAUCUUUGGAAAAUGGCAGAACAAUUAGGAGCUACAUGCUUGACAGAACAUGAUUCAUCAGUGACACAUGUGGUCUCAACAGAUGCUGGAACCGAAAAGUCUCGUUGGGCUCUGAAGGAGAACAAGUUUUUAGUCCAUCCACGGUGGAUAGAGGCCGCCAACUUUUUGUGGCAAAAACAACCCGAAGAGAGCUUCCCUGUUAAACUGCCAAAUAAACCCGAAGAGAAGCCAAAACAACCUGAAGAGAACUUCCCUGUUGAACCGCCAAAACAACCCGAAGAGAAGCCAAAACAACCCAAAGAGAGCUUGCCUGUUAAACCACCAAAAGAUUGAGCAGUUGGUUAUUUCACAAUGUUCCUUCCCAGCCUCACCAAUUCAUUAGCCUUUGAUACAUCAAA